GAUGUCUGCGUCCAUGUGUAGAAUGUCAACAUUACUAUUAUUAUUUUUACAGGACUGAGUGAUCGUUAGUACAUGUAUUAGAUGUGCUUGUGCAAGAAGAGUUUACUUUUAUUUAUAGCACACGUUAAAAUUAACAGGGUCUACUUUCGCUUUUGAGGUAGAAUUGAAAAUGGUGAUGAAAUAAUGAAGAGCCAAUGAUCUGUUUAACUUAAUCAUUGAAAGAAUCAACAAAAUGGAUUUGCUGAAGUUGUAUGAGAAUGACUCAGAUUCUAAUUCCAGUGGUGAUGAUCUUGGACCUUCGGAAAAAAAUGUGAAUGAUAACCAACCACAGUUACACAGUGAUUUUUUUUCUUUACAAGAAGAUGAUGAAAGUGGCGUUUCUGUCACUGACUAUUCUUAUACUAAAAACAUUUAUGUGAACGGAUUAGAAAUUGAACUGCCACAAAGCUCAUUUUGGAUGAGCAAAGAUUCUUCUGCGCAAACUAAUUCCAACAAGAAGAUAUCCACAACAAAAUCUAUUUCAAAAGAUGAAGAAGAUACUUUCUCUACAGUUUUCCUAAAGACUGUUUCUGAUGUUAAAGUUACUUCCUCACAGAAAAAAGACAAAAAUGUGUUACUAGGACAAAUUUCUGAUAGAGAGUGUAAGGUUUUACCAGUGCAAGAAUGUAGUCCAUUUUAUAAUACAAUGUCUAAUAAUAUUUUAAAAAGGAGUGCUGAUUUUGACAUUAUUCCAGAAAGAAAAAUUAUUAAAACUGUAUCGAUUAGUGCCCCAAAUACCAAAGAGAUUAAUCCAAAUAAUAAAGAAAAACCAGAACGAAGAAAUAUUUUUUUCAUCCAUGGAAAAAUUGCUCCUUUAUUGAAUAAAACAUUCCAAUAUAAAUGUCCUCAUAAAGUUGAGAGAGAAUGGGCUGGACAUAAUCAAGCCAUAAACAGAAUUUGUUGGAACAAUGCCAAUUAUAGUCAUUUAGCCUUGUCUGCAUCCAUGGAUAAGACUAUUCAAGUUUGGAAUGUGUGGUCAAGUUUUGAUUCUUGCGUUCAAACUCUGACUGUUCAUGAUAAAGCUGUAAAAGAUGCUGCCUGGGAUUCGUCUGGUCAAAAAAUAUUAAGUUGUGGCUAUGACAGAUCAUGUGUUUUAACUUGUGUACAGACAGGUAGUGUUAUAAAAAGACUGGAUCAUGAUGGCUAUGUAUUUUGUUGUAAAUAUCAUCCAUGUAACCCAAACCUAAUUAUAACUGGAUCAACCAAUAGAAUAUUAUCAUGGGAUUUACGAAUACCUGAUAAUCCAGUCUCACAGUUUACUUAUAAGGACAAACUUGGACAGAUCCAAGAUUUAUUGUUCAGUCAUAAUGGAGAAACUGUAUUCUCAUGUAGUGAUGUUGUAACCCAGAAUUCUUCCGAUAAAAAUAUAAUGGCAUGGGAUUUUAAAACUACUAGUAUACUCUCUAAUCAGAUAUAUGAGGAACGGUAUACAUGUAACCGACUAAAGUUACACCCACAAGAUGCCAACUCCUUUCUCGCACAAUCACAGGGUGGUUAUAUCGCCAUAUUCUCUACAAACCGGCCAUUUAAAAUGAAUAAAUCAAAACGAUUUGAAGGACAUAAGCUGCUGGGUAGAAAUAUAGGAUUUGAUAUAAGUAGUGAUGGUGAUAUUGUUAUAUCUGGAAGUUGUGAUAAAACAUUAUAUUGUUAUAGUUAUAAAACUGGUAAACCCUUUAAAACAAUAGAAACUACACUAGAUUAUACUGAUGUAGCUUUUCACCCUGUUCUAGCCAGUACGGUAUUAACAUCUUCAUGGAAUGGACAGCUGGAAUUACUACACUAACAAUGUGAUAUGUAGCAAAUAAAUUUAAAGACAAUAUUUCAAGUUUUAUUAUAUUCACAAAUUGUGGCAUGUAUGUUCUAAAAUUUCAGAAUAUUGUUCACAGACUGUGGCAACAGCUUAUGGUUUCAUAAGAUUCUAAAAAGAGUACGCAUAGUCCGUUGGCUGUAUCGGGCUCCCCGAACAAAAGAUGAUGCGCAUGGCAAUGGCUACUUGCUGCUUCACUUAUUUGUUUAUUAGUUGCGCAUUUUAGGUCACUGUCAAGAAGAUUACAUAUAUAUAUAUGACUUUUUUUCAAGCGCCGAGAAAGUUCAUCCAGAUUUUCCGGCGUGGUUCCCCCUUGUCAGUGAUGCAGGACGGAUGGCCUGACAAGGACAGCUGUCUAGUCAUUCGGAUGGGACGAAAAACUGAGGUCGCGUGUACACAUUGGCAUGCACGUAAAAGAUCCCUUGAUAGUUGGAAUUCGAUAUAAGAGUUGGAAUUUCCCUCAUAGCACACUGUAUGGCGUAUGCCAGUCUUAAAGGAGCUAAAUCGCUAAUAUUUAGGACCUAGAAAUUAACCCAAAUGGGUAGAAACGCAUAUAAUAAUGUAAUCUGAUUGUAUAUAAACUGAUUUAC